AUGCAAAUUUUUGUGAAGACGCUAACGGGUAAAACCAUUACCCUUGAUGUGGAGCCUUCUGACACUAUCGAAAAUGUGAAGGCAAAGAUCCAGGACAAGGAGGGUAUUCCUCCUGACCAGCAGCGCCUUAUCUUUGCUGGGAAGCAGCUUGAUGACGGCAGAACUCUCUCCGACUACAACAUUCAGAAGGAAAGCACACUCCACCUGGUGCUUCGCCUGCGUGGUGGCAUCAUCGAGCCCUCCCUGGCACUGUUGGCAUCCAAGUACAACUGCGAGAAGAAAAUAUGCCGGAAGUGCUAUGCACGUCUCCCGCCUCGGGCCACGAACUGCCGCAAAAAGAAGUGUGGCCACACUAGUCAGCUGAGACCCAAGAAGAAGCCGAAGAGUUAA